AAAAGUAAUGAAAAUUUUUCUAUCCCACUCAUUUUAGCCUAUUCGCGGUCAUGUGUUUCCCCAAAAUCCCCAAACCUUUCUGAACCAACCCAAAAUCCCUAAAAUCUUUAAAACCAAAAUCCCCAAAACCAUUUUGAAGCAAAAUCCCCAAAGCCCUUGAGCCAAAAUUCAACAACGGUGACGGACGACGACGGUGAUCGACGACGGCUAGCAGUGAGGAAGCAGUGAGUGACGACGGUCAUCAACGACGACGACAAGCAGCAGUGAGUGACGACGACAACAACGACGGCGAGCAGCGAAUGACGACGGCGACGGCGAGUAACGACUACUUAGCUCUAACAGCAUUACACUCGGGUAGGGGCCUCCCCAUCAACCAUAACCCAGUUGUACCAAAUUUGCAGUCAUGUGUGCAGAAAUUGUUUCUUUAGUCGAUUAUAAACGUACCUAAUUGCCUUAAAAUAGCAAGACAUAUGAAGAGUGUCACAUAUUCGCGGCUUGAUGGAUCAGUUGAACCAGAAAAGCGUUUUGAUAUUGUAAAGGUUUUCAAUUCAGACCCUACUAUUGAUGUACUACAGCUCACUACACAUGGAUUCUCGUGUCAGAAUUUGCCAAAUGAAAAGUUUUCUGACGAUGAUAUUCCCAGUGCACCUCUAUUUUGUGGUUCUUCUAGGGAAAUCAAGGAAGAUGCUGAACAACUUCCAACUUCUAGAGCACAAUACAAACCUUAUGUACCAUAUUUACAUGAUUUUUUAGCUAAAAAUGGCCCAGAUGCUUCUGAUAGCAGUUCUCCUCAGGUGAAACCAGAGGAUAAUACUGAAAAAAAGAUUCCUGACCAGCAUGUGAGGUUUGUAAAAUGUUUUACUGUACUUUUGCAGAAACCUUGUGUAAUAAUGCUUGUGAGAUAUGCCAUGUUUGUAUGCUUUCACUACCACAUCUAUUUAUCUUAUAUAUAUAUAUAUAUAGUAUCAUAUAAAGCGCACAACUCGGUGUGAUUUAUGUUACACAUUUUUUGAUACCCAAAUUGCCCAUAUAUAACUGCUCAAGUUUCUUAUUUCAAAAUUUAAUUUAAUUUUUUUUAUAUUUUUAUUCUCCAUCUACAUUCGAAUUUCCUUUCCGAUUUGACGGUUACAAUGUCUUAUAUUUCUACACGCACAUUGCA